AAAGGAUAGCUUAAUAAAUUCUAAAACUAUUUCACUUGUACACGUAAUAUGGAAACAUCACAAUUAUACAUUAUUCAGUUUACAAAUAAAAAUCAUAACAGAUCCCCACGUAAUUUAAAAUAAUAAUAAUAACACUUUCUAGUUUUAUUCAUUUAAUGCUUCAAAAUUCCAACGUUUGAUUUUUUUCAUCCAAAUUAGCUAUUAAUCUUAUAUUCGCGGGUAAAUGUCUAGAAUUACGUUUUCCUGUGGGCAAGUGCAAUCAUGGCAAUGUCGUCUCGAGAAACAGACCAAGAGUGAUAGGAAAUAAUACAUUUUGGAGCGAAUGUUUAUUCAGAUCAACUAAAUACUGACCACGUUAAAACUAUCAGUGAAAGCUACGAAAAAUGACCCGAUGAGCUUUGUAUGGGUCUGACAGAUAGCCACGCCCACCAUGUAUCUAAUGUAACCGUGCCAAUAAAAUAACCAGUUCCACGAAAGGCUGUAAAUACCUAUGUGUAUACGAUAUGCUAAUAAUACCUGGGACGUUUAAACUUCCCGAUCUUAUGGAGGAAAUACCACCUAUAUACAUACCAUAUUUUGUCAGACAUCAAGAUGGCCCAUUCCAAUAAGUCAAUGGAGUUAACAGAAGAUGUGUUUAAUUUCAUCAGAUUGUCUUGUUUGUUGGAUUUCGCCAAACUUCCGCUUAUUUAUCUACUGGAAAUCGACGAACCUCUCGGAGGUCUCAUAGAACGGAAACGAAAGGCUUUGGAUACACUAGUGAGGCAAAAACACAUAUACCAAGACGAAAAUAAAAUUUUAAAAGAAAUCGAAGGUCCAGCAAACCCUGACAAAUUGGACGUUCGUUUACUCUGUGUGUUAGUAAGAAAUAUAAGCAAUGUCCGCUCUCCGAGAAAUGGUUGGUUCAAGAAAAACCUGGAAGCAGACGAUAAAAGCACUGGAGCAGACGUCAUUCGAAUCGGGGACAUUAGAAAUGACUGUCAUCACUUGCCAUCUUCCACAAAAAUAACUAGGGAAAAGUUCGAUGCUAUCUAUCCCAAACUCAAAGAGAUUCUGUGGAGAAUGGUGCAAGGGACUCCCAAUGAAAAAGUGUACCAGUCGUUGGUGGCCGGCCUUGAUGAUCCAGACUUUGCAACAUCACAAUGUGCACAGAGACUUUCUAUGGAUAGAGUCAUCAAAAAAUGGACAUUGAACACCAGACAGAAUAGCAUCGAGCCAGAGGGCGAAGUACAGAGUUCGGACAUAGAUUCCGAUACUUUCUUGAAAGCCGCAAUUGCCAACGACAUUCAAAGGAUUCAAGAAUUGAUAAAUUUUCAAAGCAAGGAAAUUGUGCUAGAGGGAAUUCGAAACGCAGGUUCAAGAGAAAUAUUCAUGAUCUUGGCGGCGAAAUAUGGAGAACUGGGCGUGGAUCACAAAGACCUAGCAAGAGCAUGUAGGUAUGGAUCAAAGGAAAUCGUGGAAAUAAUAUUAAAGAGAUUGGAUACGACGAGAUUAACAAAUCAUACCGAAGGCGAAUCCAUUUUAAAACGAUGUUGCAUACACCAUGCAGCAGUUGGGGGUUAUCAUGACAUAGUGGAAUAUCUCCUCAAAAACAGCAGAGAGAAAACAGACUUGUUAAAGGUAGUAGACAGGGCCAAUAACACAGCCCUGCACUUCGCCUCUAUGCGAGGACACACUGAUGUCAUAAUGACAAUUCUCAAAUCAGGAGACUUUGGGAAGUCUCAGAUAAAUGACUUAAAUGGUAAAGGAUUAACUCCAUUGCACUGUGCUGCAUACUUUGGCAAACUUUCGGCUGUCCAGCUAUUGGUGAAGUGGGGCGCCAACAAAUGUUCCAAGGACUUGCGUGGGAGAAGUGUUCUGCAUUGGUGCACUAUGGGACAGGAGCAGAGUUCACAGUUCUCUUGGUACGAUUCCGAAUUUAAUCUUCUACCAGCAACUUACGGUUCUCAGGAAGAAUACACGAAAAUCAUGGAAAUGAUAAAUGAUUAAGACUCUGCAGGGAAUAUUUCAUAACUUGCUUACACUUUCAUAAAACAAAAAAUAUUAAUAUGACAAUGUUUCAAACAGAUAAUAAUGAUUAUUUUAAGUUCCUAUUUAGGUAAAUGACAAACACCAGGAAUUAACUGUUAGAUCUUCUUUAUUGCAAAUAUUUUUUCAGUAAUAAAUAACUGUCAGUUUUCCCAGCUACACUUUGGAUACAUUAUACCUUGUACACAAUUCAUAAUAUUUGAAAUAUAUAAACACUCUUCAAUACUGUUAAAGCAGAAUACAGUAAAA